AUGUACAGCUUUGUGCAGGAAGAUUGCGAGGCCAAUCAGCCGGACUUAGAGAUGCAGGGCCGUGAAGACGGAGAAUCUAACAUGUCGAUUCUGACCCUCCCUAACGAAAUACUGCACUUGAUCGGGACGUUCAUGGAUGCAUCAAGUUUGGCGGCAAUGGUCCGAGCCGCUCGAAUCCUGAAAGACUUGCUGUCCAAGGAGCUGUACGUCAAGGCGGUUGGUUUCGUGCCCAGGAUGGAUGACUCGGUGGUGGAAUGGGCGGCCAGGCAAGGCCAGCCAGAGACUAUCCGCAAGGCCUUGAAGCAGAUGCCGGCAAACACGGACUGGUCUAGGGUGGUCGGAACAGGGAUUGUCGGGGCGAUCCGGUACAAUCAGCUGGAAGCCCUGAAGUGUCUGUGCUACGAAAGCCCCCCGAAUCGAGCAAGUCAAUACAUCCGGGCUCCUCCUCCCUCUCUCGAAGGCAUGGGGGCGGCUGCGCUUUCCAAUAAUCCGGUGGACCUCGCCGCGAGCCGCGGAAGCGUGGAUGUGCUGCAAUACCUCCUAGAGAGGGGAAUGCCGUUUGUAACGCCUGAAUUUCCCUUCGCCGUAUCCAUGUUCGAAGGGGAGGGAGGGAAGUCGGGUGACACGCGGGUGGCCGAGUUGCUGAUCCGCCACGGAUUCAAUACACGGAUGGGGAGUGAUAACGGCCAAUCGCUGCUGCACGAGCUGGCAACCCGCGGGAGGGCGGCACACGUGGAUCUGUUGGCGAGAGCGGUGCCCGAGCUUCUGAACAUCCAGGAUGUGGACGGGAGAACGCCGCUGAUGUAUGCUAUCGCUGCCAAGCAGAUGGCCUGUGCGAGACACAUGGUGACCAUUCUCGGGGCGGACGUGAGCUUGAGGAAGUCCAACGGGGUCACGGCGCUGCACAUGGCCGUCUGCGAAGAUGACAUCGACCUGGUUGAGGCCUUGAUCAACAGCGGAGCGGACGUUAACGCGCAAGCCUCGGGCCAAGUGACACCUUUGCACAUGGUGACCGAUGCCCGCGAGAGAAAGACCAAAGAACCUCUGAUGGUGGCGAUACUCCUUAAUCGGGGGGCAUUUUGCUCUCCCAGAGACGGGAAGGGCAAUACGCCGCUGAGCUAUGCGCUGGCGGCGCGGAACAUCCAGCAGGUCGAGUGGCUGAUGGUGGGUGCCGUGCAUCAUGCGUCCGAAUUCGAAGGGGUCCAGGAACUGCUGGACGCCUGUCGCGUGGGCAGCUUGCGAAUCGUCCAGAUCUACACGCAGCGGGAGGGAUUCGACAUCGAACGGGACCAAGAUCAAUGGCGGAGAUCAGCAUUGCACCUUGCAGCAAUCGGGGGGCACGUGGAGGUUCUAGAGCACCUGCUGUCAAAGUGGAGGGAUGUCGAUCGCCGCGACGUGGGCGGCCGGACAGCGCUUUGGUAUGCCUGUUGCAAGGCCGACUCUAGCUGCGCAUGCCAGCUGAUCCACGCGGGGGCGUCGGUGGACUCGGCCGAGCACUACGGACGGACUCCUUUGAUGAAUUUCACUCGGCACUUUCGGGAUGACACGACGAUGUCUUUCUUUCUGAAAUCAUCGAGGAAAGUCGAAGCAGUCGACAAGAUGGGGCGCACGAUCUUGCACCACGCCGCGCGCCACGGAAAUCUGGCGGCCACGCGGGCGAUCGUGCGGUAUCAAAAGGACCUGGUGGGCAAGUGUGCCAAGAAGCGCCAGUCUGCCCUGUUAUUCGCCCUGAAGCACGAUCACGACGACGUGGCGCGAUUCCUGCGGCGGUUGAUCAUCUUGAGGCGAAGGGAGUUUAGCUGGCUCGCGAUGCAUGGAUACCACGGCAAAGUCAUGUGGAUCAAGACAGGGGCAGGAUGGGCUCGCACGCGCAGUCGAUGGAUUGCCAGGGAGAAGAAGGCAAGGGAGAAGAAGAGGGGUUGA